AGCUCGUCCAGAAACCAGGCCCUGCUUGAUCGCAAUCUUGCAUCGCCGAUCAGUGUAGCCCAUCUCUACUGCAAUCUGCAGUUGGAUCAGUAGCGGCACGUGAUCGGCUUCUCGCGCGAGACGAUGUCGAAGCCGCAAAAGAUCGUGAUCAAGCUGGGCAUGCCGAGCGCCAAGAACCGGAAGGAAGCCAUGGCGCUGGCCGCCAAAGUACACGGGGUGAGCUCGGUGGCGAUCACCGGCGACGACAAGGACCGGCUGGAGGUUGUCGGCACGGGCGUCGACGCCGCCAACCUGGUCAGCUGCCUGCGCAAGAAGGUGCUCCGCCGCGCCGACAUCCUGCUGGUGGGCGAAGCCAAGAAGAAGCCGGAGGAGCCGCCGCAGUGGUGGUGGCCCGGUUACUACUACCCUCAGCACCACCCGCUGCAGGUGGCCGUCUGCGAGGAGCCUGAGAUGGCCGGUUGCCACAUCAUGUGAAACUAUUCAAGAUCGAUUUUGCCGUAAGACGAUAGACGUACGCAUAUGAACGUUGCGUGCAUGCAUCUACGUAUGUUGGCAUUAAGAGAAA